AUGUUGUUCAACACUACCACUGACGGUACUGAUUAUUCAUCUGUUGUUUCUUCGUCAGAUACACUGACAGAAAGUUCGGAGUCGUUCUCACAAAGCGUUGCUAGUUUACGAACGGAUUACAUCAACCCUGACUCAGGAAAUUCUACGCAGCAGCCACAUGGUAUGAAGACCAGGACGGUUCUGGUAUAUCCAAACAGAUCACAUUCGGAUUCGGAUUCACCUGGCAUAGUAUCGCCAUCUACAGUUUGGGUACCGCCGUCAACAGAUGAUUCAACGUCGCAUACAGAUGUAGACACGGCAAUGGUGACGGUACUUGAGAUGAGCUCAGGACCGAGCAACAUAGUAAUGCAAACAAUUUAUCCCGAGAACACCGCGACCCAAGAAUACACAUCUGUUGAGGGUACAGAAGCUACUGCCACUGUGCCUACACCGACUUGGUUAACGUUGACCACUGAAGUACCGUCUUCUGAAACUGUGGUUUAUUACACACGAGAUUUCAUCUUUACUGACACUUCAACCACCUUUACUAAAGGACUACCGACACUUACAGUGAUACCCACAGAGGCUACUUUCACUACACCUACAGGUCCAGUUGUGACUGACACAUCUUUUUACGAAAGAUGGCUAUCUGGCGCAUUGGAUUCCAACUCAACAUCGUCUGGAUCAAAUAAAGAUACAAUAAUCGGUGGUGUAAUAGGAAGCGUGGGAGGUCUGGCGCUAAUGAUACUGGUGAUCUAUUUAUUAUUUAGGAAGAGACGAAGGAGAAAUCUUAUCGAACACGAAAAGAGCUUCUCCCACGACAUUGGGAGAAAAAUGGGAUACGACGAUAUCGGAACGUUUAUUGCACAGUCUCAGCAAACCACCAAGACUACAACCAGAGUAUCGACGACUGCUCAUAAUAAUAACAAAGUUUCAAAAAGUUUGCCCUCAGUGCCUCCAUAUGUUGCAGAUUCUGUCAGGAGGCCACAGACGACAAAUCCAUUCGACGACGAAUAUGUUGUAUCGAUUGCAGAUCCAGAGUCUCAGACGCCUUCCACAACAUCACUACAUUCAUCCUUUGUGUCAUCUUCCACCGAUGAGGGUACACAUGACACUGAAAUGUCAGUUACUUACGAUGAAAACCCACAGAACGCUCACGGAUAUUUAACGGAACUAAUCGAACACUGA